CGCGCGCAGCGAGGGGUUCUUUGCGUAACACCGGAACUGUGAUGUGAGGACCGCUAAAGCCCCACUGCUCCACUACACUAUUAUUGUUCAUAUGAUUAAUUUCACUUCACUCAAGUUUUCCUGCCAUGACGCGGUGGAUUCCCACUAAAAGAGAGAAAUAUGGAGUGGUUAUCUAUAACUAUGAAUCCAGAGGAGAGCCAGAGCUGAGUCUUCAGGUGGGGGACACGGUACACAUACUUGAGACGUUUGAAGGGUGGUACCGAGGAUACACACUACGACAGAAAUCACAAAAGGGCAUUUUCCCUGCCAACUAUAUUCAUUUGAAAGAAGCGAAAGUUGAGGGAACCGGGAAACAAGAGACUGUUGUACCUACAGAUGUGCCCUUGGUCCAGGAGCUGGGCACCACAUUACGAGAAUGGUCACAAAUAUGGCACAAGCUUUAUGUGAGCAACAAGACCACGCUGUUCCGGAGCGUUCAGCAGAUGGCCUACAGCUUGAUCGAGUACCGCUCGCACUUUGUGUCUGGUACGCUUCCCAACGACGACCUUGUGGAGCUCAAGAAGAAAGUCACAGCGAAAAUUGAUUAUGGGAACAGGAUUCUGGGUCUUGAUUUAGUGGUGCGCGAUGAAGCAGGAAACACAUUAGACCCCGAACGCACGAGCACAGUCAGUCUCUUCAGGGCUCACGAGUCAGCAUCACGCAGUAUUGAUGAGAAGAUACAGGAGGAGAAGAUGCGGCUUCAGAACCUGGAGAAGCGGCGUCAGACUCUCUUCAGCGGUGUGCACACGUACAGCCUUCUAAUAAAUCUCAGAAAUUUUGUAUGCAACAUCGGCGAGGACGCAGAACUCUUCAUGUCAUUAUACGAUCCUGACAAAUCUGAGUUUAUCAGUGAAAACUUUCUGGUACGGUGGGACAGCACAGGCAUGCCGAAAGAGAUCGAAAAACUCAACAACCUUCCUGCACUCUUCACGGAUCUGAGUAGCAGUGACCUCAUCAGACAGCGUCUCUUCCUGGUGUGUCAGAUCAUCCGUGUGGGCUGCAUGGAGCUGAAGGAGGGAAAGAAACACACAGGGGGACUGCGGAGGCCGUUUGGAGUAGCAGUCAUGGAUAUCACUGAUAUUGCUCAAGGGAACAUUGAUGAUGAUGAUAAGCAGUAUUUCAUCCCAUGUCAACAGAUUGCCAUGGAAACGUACAUCCGUCAGAGGCAGCUAAUCAUGUCUCCUCUCAUCCCGUCUCGUGUCAUUGGCGAGAAUGAGCCUCUCGCUGCUGUCUUCAACAAGGUCAUAGCAGCGCGAGAGUUUAACCACAAAGGACAGGGUUUGUUUGUGACCCUAAAGCUGCUCCCUGGAGAUGUGGUUCAGGUUCAAAAAAAUUACCCUCAUUUUGUGGAUCGCACAACAGCUAUAGUCAGGAAAAUGGGCUUUCCUGAAAUUAUCCUGCCAGGUUAUUUAAGGAAUGAUAUAUAUGUUACGCUGCUACAAGGAGAAUUUGAUCGUGGCAAAAAAAAGACCCCCAAAAAUGUAGAAGUUAUGAUGAGCGUGCUGGAUGAGGAUGGAAAUCCCAUGGAGAAAGCCAUGUUUCCUGGAGCUGGUUAUGAAGGGAUCACUGAAUACAAGUCUGUCAUCUACUAUCAAGUCAAGCAGCCCUGCUGGAAUGAGACGGUUAAGGUGACCAUUCCCAUUGAGGAUGUGUGUCGAUGUCAUCUGAAGCUCACCUUUAGACACAGAUCGUCUCAAGAUUCUAGAGAUAAGUCCGAGAAGCCUUUUGGCAUGGCUUUUGUUCGCCUGAUGAAGUCGGAUGGCACCACACUUCCAGAUGGAAAACACAAGCUCAUUGUCUACAAGGUAGAUGUGAAGAAAGCUGACGAUGCCAAGACGUAUUUGACUCUGCCUGGUUCGUAUGCUGAUGUGGAAGAGAAAGAGAGACAGACGGGAAAAUCCUUUCAUCAUGGUGGCAUCAUUCCCAUCACCAAAGACAGCUUCCAGAUCGCCACCCUCACCUGCUCCACAAAGCUUACACAAAACGUUGACCUUCUGGGGCUUCUCAACUGGAGAUCAAACACUGAGAGACUUGAAGAAAUCCUUCAGAAACUGAUGGAAGUAGAAGGAGGGGAGAUAAUUAAAUUCUUGCAGGACACACUGGACGCUCUCUUUAAUAUCAUGAUGGAGACCUCAGAGGAAGAAACCUAUGAUACACUGGUUUUCAACGCCUUGGUUUUCAUCAUCUCACUCAUCGGUGAUGUAAAGUUUCAGCAUUUCAACCCUGUUUUGGAGACCUACAUUAGCAAUCACUUCAGCGCUACUCUGGCGUACCAGAAGUUGACCAAAGUGUUGAAUUAUUUUGUGGGCCAUGCUGAGGACCCGGCUCAUACGGAGCGACUGUACGCCGCUUUGAAAGCCUUCAAGUAUCUUUUUUAUUUCAUUGUGCAGUCUCGGAUUCUCUAUUUGAGGUUUUAUGGGAAAAGUGAAGAUGGAGGGCAGUUUCUCGACUCCAUUCGGACCUUAUUUCUUUCUAUCAGUAUUCUGAUGGACAGACCUCUGGAUGAAGGAGUUAAGAUAAAGGCAGCAAUCUUGAAAUAUCUUCCCACCAUCAUCAAUGAUUUGCAGAAGGUCUUUGACGCUGUAGAGCUCAGUGUUCAGCUGGCUAAGUUCAUCGAAAGCAUCCCAGAUUCUCAGAUGGUGAGGCAGAAGCUGGGCUGUCUGGUGAAAGUUGUUGAAAGUAACCUGUUCAAACAGCCAGACUGCAGAGAUGUUUUGUUGCCUCUGAUCACAGAUCAGUUGAGUGGGCAGCUGGACGAUAACUCCAACAAACCUGAUCUCGAGGCUUGUGUCCAGCUGCUGAGCACCGUCCUGGACAUGCUGGACUGUAAAGACGUGGGUCCCACAUGCGGUCAUGUGAAGUUAAUCGUGGACCGUCUCUUGCGGAGGGUCAACCGUACGGUCAUCAACCUGAGUUUGGACUCUCCCUUCUUAGGCCACUACCUGGCAUGCAUGACUGCUAUCCUGAAACAAAUGGAAGACGCACAUUAUGCACAAUACAUCAGCACCUUCAAAACCAGGCAGGACAUUAUCGACUUUCUAAUGGAGACUUUCAUCAUGUUCAAAAACCUGAUGGGCAACGUGUUUCCGCCCGACUGGAUGAUCUUGAAUCUUCACCAAAUGAAAGUCUUUCUGUGGGCGAUUGACCAGUAUUCAGAUGUUCUCAACAGAUACUUCCUGGACUCCACACACUUCCACUUGCAGCUUUGGAACAAUUAUUUUCACCUGAUUGUUGCCUUCCUUACCCACAAGUCCUUGCAGCUGGAGUCUUUCUCGCUCGAGAAGCGCAACAAGAUUCUCAACAAGUACGGAGACAUGCGGAAGAGCAUCGGCUUCAAGCUGAGAGAUAUGUGGUACAACCUCGGCCAAGAGAAGAUGAAGUUCAUCCCUACGAUGGUGGGGCCGAUCCUGGAAGCCACGUUAGUGCCGGAGCCGGAGCUGAGGAAAGCCAUCAUCCCCAUCUUCUUUGACAUGAUGCAGUGCGAACACCAUUUCAGCACCAACCACACCUUUCAGAAGUUUGAGAAUGAGUUAAUCACAAAACUAGACCAGGAAGUUGAAGGAGGCCGCGGGGAUGAACAAUACAAGAUUUUGCUGGAGAAAACGCUGUUGGAGCGCUGUCGUCGGCACCGGUAUCUGUCUCAGUCUGGUGAGGCCUUGGCUCUUCUUUUAAGUAGUCUGCUGGAGAACCUGCUGGCUUACCGCACCAUCACCCAUGAUGAGAGCCCGGAGCUCCGCAUGAUCUGCACCGUCAACGUCCUGAACUUUUACAAAGAAAAAAAGAGGGAGGAUAUUUAUAUCCGGUAUUUGUACAAGCUACGUGAUCUACAUCUAGACUGUGAGAACUACACAGAGGCGGCCUACACCCUGCUGCUCCAUGCUGAACUGCUGGAGUGGUCCGACAAGCCAUGUGCGCCCCACCUGAUCCCAUGGGACGGAACUCAGGGGUGGACGCAACAAGAGCUAAAGGAAAGACUUUUUCAGGAGAUAAUGUGCAAUCUGGACAAAGGCAAAAUGUGGGAGAAGGCCAUCGAGAUGGCCAAACAGCUGGUUAAACUUCACGAAAACCAAAUGUUUGAUUUCAUAGAGCUCAGUCAACUGCUGAAACAGCAGGCGCAGUAUUUUGAGAACAUCAUGCACGCAAUGAGACCCCAGCCGGAAUAUUUCGCAGUGGGAUACUAUGGACAGGGUUUUCCAUCCUUCCUCAGGAACAAAAUGUUCAUUUACCGUGGUAAAGAGUAUGAGUGGCUGGAGGACUUCAGCUUGAAGCUGAUGUCUCAGUUUCCCAAUGCAGUGAAGAUGACCAUCACAUCGCCCCCUGGUGACAACAUCUGUAACUCACCCGGUCAGCAUAUUCAGUGUUUUAUGGUGAAGCCUGUCCUAAACUUACCUUCACAUUUCAAGGACAAGGAGCUUCCUGAACAAAUCCUCAAUUAUUACAGGACAAACGAGGUGGAAAAGUUCCAAUAUUCAAGACCAUUCAGGAAAGGAGAAAAAGAUCCUGACAAUGAGUUUGCUACCAUGUGGAUCGAAAGGACCACCUUUAUCACAGCAUACCGCUUCCCAGGAAUCCUCAAGUGGUUUGAAGUGAAAUCCAUGUCGGUGGAAGAGAUCAGCCCUUUGGACAACGCCAUAGAAACAAUGGAGCUGACCAAUGAGAAGCUGAGUAAUUUGGUGCAGCACCAGGCGUGUGACCGCUCUCUUCCUGUGCACCCCCUCUCCAUGAUGCUCAAUGGAAUCGUGGACCCAGCUGUCAUGGGUGGCUUUUCCAACUACGAGAAGGCGUUUUUCACAGAGGCCUACAUGAAGAAGAACCCCGACCACCUGGAACGCAUUGAAGUCUUAAAACACCUGAUUGCAUUGCAGGUCCCGCUGCUUGAUGAGGGGAUUCGGAUCCACGGGGAGAAAUCCACAGAACAGCUCAAACCACUUCACAACAGACUCGUCACCUGCUUCCAGGACCUGCGUGCUAAAGUGGAGAAACUCUACGGUGUCAUUACUCUUCCCUGCUCUCUGACAGAGAAGAAAAAGAGUCGCGUGGGGUCGGUGGUGAUGCCGUACAUCAUGUCCUCCACACUCAGACGGAUGUCCACCAUCUCAAACGCCUCCUCUGGACACUCCACCGGCUCAGGAUCCUCCGAUGGAAACUCCUCCAGACCUGCUUCCCAGGACUCGCUGCUCUCCCGUGUGAGCGACAGCAGGGUUUCAGUUCUGUCUCGCUCGGAGGAAGAUAAUCGGAUAAGUAUAAGGAACAGGAAAGAAUGGAGUAUGAGCAAGUCUCAGGUCUUACUGGAGCGACCCGCUGACAGCGACGAGAUUCCUCCAGAGAAGCAGCCAAGGCCUAAAAGUCUGACGCUAGGAGAUCGGAGGCUAACACUGUCGCCGUUUCAUGGAGAAUCAUCCAGUUUGAGUUUACACAACCCUGUCAGCCCUAUGCCUGCCUCACCGCACACACCACGCAGCUCCAGUUACACGUGUCUCCCAAGCGAGAGUGACUUCAGCUCAUUGGACAUCAUGAACACCCCUCCACCAAUGCCACCCAAAAAACACCCUCACGAGAGUGAGAGCAUCUAUAACUCCACCUCUGACUUAACGCCACCUUUACCGACGAAAGCUGAAAACAAGCCUCCACCGCCGCCACCCAAAACACGCAAGUCCAUGUUUCCCACCAACGAGAGCAAUCCACAGUAAACCCAGUCCAGUUCUCCUGACGCCCGCGGUACUGUCUCUCAGAUAAUUGUGUGCUGUGAAAAAACCCCACUACUUAAUGGUACUUCUUCCUCUUUUAAAGGGGUCCUAUUAUGCUCUUUUACAAGGUCUUGAUUUUUCACAUAUUUUACAUUAUGACAAUACCUCUCUCCCUAGUCUGGCAUGAACAGCUCAAAUAGUUCCUGUAUCAAAUGAAGGCCCGCCUUCUGGAAUUGGAGAUGUGCUGUGAUUGGUUAGCUGGGCCAGUGUGUGCUUUGAUUGGUUAGCUUGGCCAGUGUGUGUUGUGUGAUUGACAGCACUCGGUGCCUGGUGGGGAAAUGUCCUGCCUCUUACUAAAGAGCUUCAGUGUAAAUAUUGCAUUAAAAUCAAAUCAAUUUGAGUCGAAAAUGCAGGAAAAUGUGCGUUGUAAUCUAAAGGAAUCAAUCGUUGAAGUUUUUGAAAAGUGAUUUCUGUUAAAUAAAAUAUCUCUUUUUGAAUUGGACUUUGAGCUUUGUAACUUUGCAGAUAUGUUUUAUGCCCAAACAGCAACAUUACAAACUAAAGUUGAAAAAGUGAAAAAGCAUAAUGGCACCCCUUUAAAAAAUUCAGAGCUGAGAUAUUGUUUGUCAUGGUUUUUUGAAAUUUCUGAUUAAACCUGUUUAUAAUUUAUUUUUGGUAGCCAAAACAGCAGUUUCAUCAUGAUAAAGCAUUAUUAUAAUUUUUUUAUUUGGAAAUGGACCUCCAGUGUGUAUUUAUUCAGAACUGCUGGGCAGGAACGUGACUGUUGGUUGGUUGGUUUGUUUAAAGUUUAAAUCAGCCUCACAUCCACUGGAUUAGUUUUAUCUCAACCUGUAUCUGUGCCUUAUAAAUCGAGAUAUUUAAAGUUAAUGAAUCUGUUCACAAAUUCACUUUGCACAUUGCUCAUAGUUGUCUGGUUGCAUGUUCACGCAGUUAAAACUUUUGUAUUUGGACCUCUUGCACAGUUAGCAUUACUUCUCCCUUUAAGCAAGAAAAUACUCUUGAUAGUGUUAUUUUUUUUCCUCACUCCACAGAGCAAUAUUUGUAUUAAAAAUCCCAAACUUUUAAAAAAUCCUGUGCAUUAAAUUUUAUUGAAGAGAAUGCAGAAGAUGCAGUAUAAAACUCCAGGCUUUCUGAAAUUAUUUAAAAGUCUACAUUUAUUUUUGUCAUGAUAGCAAAAAAGAUGUGCUUGAAUUCAGGAAUGCUACCUAUUGUGUCAACACUUAAAGGAAUAAUUCAUCUCAAAAUUACCAUUUGCUAAAAAUGUGCUCCCCCGCUCAGGCCAUCCAAGAUGUAGAUGAGUUAGUUUCUUCAUGGUAACAGAUUUGGAGAAAUGUAGCAUUCCAUCACUUGCUCAGUGGAUCAUCUGCAGUGAAUGGGUGCCGUCAGAAUGAGAGUCUAAACAGCUGAUAAAAACAUCAAGUAACAACAAGUAAUCCACACCACUCCAGUCCAUGCACUAAUUAUCAAUAAUCCAUUAAAGCAGUUUAAUUUGAAGCCAUUACUUCUGGCCAAAAUAUGAGUCCAUAAUAAUGUUUCCUCCAGUGAAAAAUUCAAGUUUGUCCUAUCACAUCAAAAUCCACCCACAUAUCUGUUUAGAAUUAUUAUGGACUGUAUUAACUUGUAAAUGCUGCUGGAUCUGUGCAUAUUUCUCUCCUGAUUCAGACAAGAAAGCAAUAUUUUGGAAAAUGAACUUUCAGCCAGAAGUUUGAAAUUAAAAACCUGUUAAUGAUAGACUUGUUUCUUACAAACGAACACACUUAUUCUGACGGCACCCAUUCAACUGCAGAGGAUCUACUGAUGAGCAAGUGAUGUAAUGCUACAUUUGUUUCUCUUAUGGGGAAACAAACUUCUCUACGUCUUGGAUGGACUGAGGAUGAGGUAUUUUUCAGCAAUUUUUUAUUUUUGUGUGAACUGUUUCUUUAAAUGCCACCUAAUUGGAACAUUUUAUUUCGGAGCAACAUUGCUCUGUGAAACAAGCCAGUAACGUUUCAGAUCACCAAGUCAGAUUUAGGGCUUGCUUGUUCAUUUACCUCAAGUCAAAAUAUCACACUUCAGCAGCACAUGCACUGUAUUUGUACACUGUAUUUUUUGCUUAUGGUAUUUUUUUUAUUUCUUUAUAAGAUAUGUUUAGAUUGUUUUUACUUUUGUGAUUCAACAUUUUUAAUUUUCGUGAUAAAAAUGCAACUAAAUUAUUAAUUGUCAUGUUGUUGAAUGCGCGUUGCAUUAAACAGCAUGACAAUUAAUAAUUGAAAGUUGCAUUUUUAUAAUAAAAAAAAACUUAAUUCAGUAAUGAAAUUAUUACAUAAAGAUAUCAGAAUAGCAGGAUUGGUUCACUGGUUAAAAACUACACUUGGUCUCUCUGCAUUGUUUUAUCCUUGUAAUGUGUUCUUUAUAAUAAGGUAGUUUUCAUAAAGAUUGCAUAGUUUUGUACUUUAAUAGUGUUUUUUGCAAAUAUGGUAAUAUUUAAUUCAUAUACUGUAAUAUUUAAUUCAUGGAAAAUUCUAGUUCUGCAUGAAAUGUUUUGUACAUUCUGUAUUCAAUCGCACAAUUAUCAGAACAAAUGUGACAAAGUUGGCAAAAUUCCAGGGAAAACCAAACCUAUGUUUUUUAAAGGGAUUUUAAGUGUAAAUAUGGACUUUCUUUGCUGAAUUAUUUAAACUUGUAACUAUAAUAUAAAUGAGAUUUAAAUGAAUGAAAUAGUGAAAUAUUUUAUUUUGUUUCAUUCUGAGCAAAAAUACAAACCAAGGUUACUCUGUCCUACAUCAUUUCAACAUCCAAAAACUGUUUUAGUAUAGUAAAUGCAUGCAUUUUUCAAGUAAUUUAAUUAUUCUUUUGCACUCAAAGUGGACAGUUUUCACAACCUGCAGGCAGAAACCCCUGAAAACCAAUGGGAAACAACCAAUCAUAACUGUUAUUUGAGAAUUUUUGCACUCCAGUUUGAAUAAAGCGGCAAAAUUAAUCUUGGACUGUUUACUAGUUUUUCACUAAAGGGUUUUAAGUCAAAUGACCUGUAAAAUGCCCAACUUUAGCAGAAAAACAAAUAAAGUGGUUUGGUCUAUAUAACUAAUUUUACCCUUCAUGACAACUCUGAGAGGCGUGUUUUAAUAUAUUUUUUGUUUUUUAUAACUCAUCCUUUUAAAUUAUAUCAAGCCUUAAAAUUCUGCAUAAUUAGGGGUGUGGCCACUUGAGUGACAGGUGGAUUGCUGCUGCUGUCACCACUGUAGGACUGGUUUCAGCAACCAACUCCACAAACGUCCCGCCUCUUUUCCCAUUUUUGAUUAUCCAGGAGUGACGCGCUGCCAAAAUGGCGACGUUCGGUGACCUCACGGACACACUACAUCCAUGUUUUUAUACAGUCUAUGUGUUAAAGUAGCCCGAUUCCGAGAAAAACUCAGACUCUGCAACACUGUCAAUGAUCUCCCCGAGAGGUCAGACUGUAUUCGGGGGAAAUCUGCGGGUGAUAAGCUCUCGGCAAUCUUUGUCUGUGAAUAUACUAAAUAUUUUAUAUUUUUUGUGUGAAAUAUGUAUAAUAUACGGUGUGUUUUUGCUUGAAUAAAGAGUAACUUGUCACAGUGAUCUUA